AUUCAUUUUUACUCCCGUAGUUUAACUCUAAUCCUCCAUCGCGUUUGUUUUGCUCCAAACUUCAUUAUGUUUCAGCGUGUGCGCGCUCCCGCCUGGCCACAUGCGCGCGUCCCGACGCUCCUCGGAGGAGUCGCUUUUUCAUCCAGAGCGAAUCAAGCAGGAACCGCCGGACCUCCGCUGCCGCUGCUGCUGCUGCUGCCGCUGCUGGGAUUUUUAUUCCUCUUUCCUCACCUUUCCGGGAGCAGGACGGAGUUUCCCGCUUGGCGCCGAUGCUGGACGCUUCAACUGGUGUUCCGGAGGCGAUGCUGCCUGGAUCCUGGGCUGAGGCAGGCUCAGCGGGUUUUCCUCCACAGCCUCAAUGAAAGUUGGAUUUUUUCCCCCCCGCAGGUUUCCCAGAGGAUGAGUAAAUGGAAAGGAUCGGGAUCAGGUGGUUCGCAGUGAAGCCGCCCAUUUUCCCCGUUUCUGUCUCCGGUUUUUGGAUGAAGCGUCUCUCCUUCACUCCCACUGACACCAGCUCGGAUUUCCCCUCUUGUGCGUUUCCAGAAUGGCUCGCUUCGCAGACGAUCUACCCACCCGCUAUGGAGGGAGCGCGGGCGGCGGAGGGAGAGGCGCCCCGGGCGCCGGGAGAGGGGGCGCCCGGGGCGGCGGUGGCGGCGGGCAGAGGAUGUACAAGCAGUCCAUGGCCCAGAGAGCCAGAACCAUGGCCAUUUACAACCCGAACCCCGUCAAACAGAACUGCCUCACGGUCAACCGCUCCCUGUUCAUCUUCCGUGAGGACAACCUCAUCAGGAAGUACGCAAAGCGAAUAACAGAGUGGCCUCCGUUUGAAUACAUGAUCCUGGCAACGAUCAUCGCCAACUGCAUCGUCUUGGCACUGGAGCAACAUCUACCUGCUGGCGACAAGACUCCGAUGUCGGAACGCCUGGACGACACGGAGCCGUACUUUAUUGGAAUAUUCUGUUUCGAGGCGGCCAUUAAGAUCAUCGCCCUGGGCUUCGCGUUUCACAAAGGCUCGUACCUCCGCAACGGCUGGAAUGUAAUGGACUUCGUGGUCGUCCUCACAGGGAUCCUCGCCACCGUCGGUUCAGACUUCGACCUGCGAACGCUCCGCGCCGUCAGAGUGCUGAGGCCCCUCAAACUGGUGUCCGGGAUUCCCAGCCUCCAGGUUGUGCUGAAGUCCAUCAUGAAGGCCAUGGUUCCGCUGCUGCAGAUCGGCAUGCUGCUGUUCUUCGCCAUCGUCAUGUUCGCCAUCAUCGGGGUCGAGUUCUACAUGGGCAAGUUCCACCAGUCCUGCUUCAAGCCUGGAGUUCCUAGAGCUAAGAGAGUGGUGGACUGGCCGUGCGGGUCGGAGUCGCCGGCCAGAACCUGUCCCAACGGCACCGUGUGCCAGGAGUACUGGACCGGGCCCAACUUCGGCAUCACCAACUUCGACAACAUCCUGUUCGCCGUGCUGACAGUGUUCCAGUGCAUCACCAUGGAGGGCUGGGUGGACAUCCUGUACAGCACUAAUGAUGCAGUGGGAAACAACUGGAACUGGCUCUACUUCAUCCCUCUCAUCAUUAUUGGCUCCUUUUUCAUGCUCAACUUGGUGCUUGGUGUCCUGUCAGGAGAAUUUGCCAAGGAGAGAGAACGAGUGGAGAAGCGUCAGGAGUUCCUGAAGCUUCGGCGACAGCAGCAGAUCGAGCGGGAGCUCACCGGCUACCUGGAGUGGAUCUGCAAGGCGGAGGAGGUGUUGCUUGAAGAAGAAGAUGAGAUUGCAGAGGAGAAGGCCCCGAUGGACAGCGCCUGGUACAAGAGGAAACAAAACCUUUCAGUUCUGAAGCGAGGGAAAAUCAAGAAGGGUAAAAACGAUCUGAUUGGUGCAGAGGAGGGCGACGAUCCCUUUGCUGACAUGUCCUCUGUUGUUCCCCCCGGCUCCCCGUUCGGUCGGGCCAGUGUAAAAAGCGGCGGGAAGAUGGACAGCUCAUCUUACUUCCGGCGCAAAGAGAAACGCUUCCGGUUCUUCAUCCGGCGGAUGGUGAAAGCUCAGAGUUUCUACUGGAUCGUUCUGUGCCUGGUGGGCCUCAACACGCUGUGCGUGGCCAUCGUCCACUACGACCAGCCGGACUGGCUGACCAGAGCGCUCUACACAGCAGAGCUGGUGUUUCUGGGUUUGUUCCUGACGGAGAUGACCUUGAAGAUGUACGGCCUCGGAGUGAGAAAUUACUUCCACUCGUCCUUCAACUGCUUUGAUUUUGGGGUGAUCGUGGGAAGUAUUUUUGAGGUCAUCUGGGACAUGAUAAAACCAGGAGCAUCGUUUGGGAUCAGCGUGCUGAGGGCCCUGAGACUCCUCCGGAUUUUCAAAGUCACCAAAUACUGGAACUCGUUGAGGAAUCUCGUCGUUUCCCUUCUCAACUCCAUGAAGUCCAUCAUCAGCCUGCUCUUCCUCCUCUUCCUCUUCAUUGUGGUCUUCGCUUUGCUCGGCAUGCAGCUCUUCGGUGGACAGUUUAACUUUGAAGAUGAGACACCAACAACAAACUUUGAUACCUUCCCAGCAGCCAUCCUCACUGUGUUCCAGAUCCUGACCGGCGAGGACUGGAACGCCGUCAUGUACCAUGGCAUCGAGUCUCAGGGCGGCGUUGAGCGUGGGAUGUUCUCCUCCAUCUACUUCAUCGUCCUCACGCUCUUUGGAAACUACACUUUGCUAAACGUCUUCUUGGCCAUCGCUGUUGAUAACCUCGCCAACGCCCAAGAGCUGACAAAGGAUGAAGAGGAGCAGGAGGAAGCAGCCAAUAAGAAGCUCGCUCUGCAGAAAGCUCUGGAAGUAAAAGAAGUCAGCCCGAUGUCAGCCGCCAACAUUUCCAUCGCUGCUUUUGUAAAGCAAAAUCAAGAUGCACUCUCUCGCAGGUCGUCCGUCACCAGCAUUCAGUCACCGAGUUAUACAGUCUACUGCUCCCCCACUCGACAUAUCUUGAAAUACAGCAAGGAGCAGCAGCGUUCUGCAAAGACCAUGUCGGUGUGGGAGCAGCGGACCAACCAGCUGAGGAAGCACAACAUGAAGACGAGCACCGAGGCGCUGUUCAACGAACUGGACCCGGACGAGCUCCUCGCCGCCUCCAGCGCCCUCCACCUGCACCCCGACAUGAAGUCGCACACCGAUCGGCCGCUCGUCCUGGAGGACAAGAACGGCGACCAGCCCCGAGCCGGCGCACCGGAGGAGGCGGCGGCGCCCGGCGUCAGGGACAGCUUCCACUCCAGGAGGCGCCACCACCACCGCGACCGGAACGGGGACGGAGGCGACGGCCAGGGGGUCCGGCGCCACAGCCACCACGGCCGCAGCAGGGAGCACAACGCCGACGCUGCCCAGGACAGAGAGAGGCUCCGCCCCCAAACCGGGUCACCGGAGGAGGAGAGAGGCCAUCGUCAUCACCGCUCCCGCCGCACGCCGAAGGAAGGAAACGGGCGACUGACGAACGGAGCGCAAGACGACGGGAAAGGGAGAGGAGACAACGGCAACGGGGAGAAGAAGCUGCGCUCCUCACGCAUCCAGAGGGACAAACAGGCAGAAACGGAGGACGACAGCCUUGCUGGGAGUCCGUUGCAGCUGAAGCGAAGCAGCUUGACGCCGAGUGAAAAACAGGAAGAUGCCGACAACCAGAAGAACUCGACCAGAGCCAGCCAGGCCGCCCUGAACAGCAACGCCGUCCACAUCCCCGUCACCAUCACCGCGCCGCCUGGAGAAACCACCAUCAUUCCCAUGAACAACAUCGAUUGUGGCAACUUCCAGCUCAAUGAGGAGAAGAAAGAUCUGGAAGAGGAGGAGGCCGCUAACGGGCCGCGGCAGAUUCUUCCCUACAGCUCCAUGUUCGUCUUCGGACAAACAAACCCGGUGCGGCGCCUGUGUCACUACGUGGUCAACCUGCGCUACUUUGAGAUGUGCAUCCUGAUUGUCAUCACCAUGAGCAGCAUCACGCUGGCCGCCGAGGACCCGGUGGAGGCCAACGCUGACCGCAACAUCGCUCUGAAAUACCUGGACUAUGUCUUUACUGGAGUCUUCACGUUUGAGAUGGUGAUAAAGAUGAUCGACCUGGGCCUGCUCCUCCACCCCGGCUCGUAUUUCCGUGACCUUUGGAACAUCCUGGACUUCAUCGUGGUCAGCGGCGCUCUGGUGGCCUUCGCCUGCUCGAGCCUCAUGGGAUCACAACAAAGUGUGGCCAGAGGAACGAAGGGAAAAGACAUCAACACCAUCAAAUCCCUGCGAGUGCUGCGAGUUCUGCGACCUCUGAAGACCAUCAAGCGGCUGCCGAAGCUGAAGGCUGUGUUCGACUGCGUUGUGAACUCUCUGAAGAACGUCCUGAACAUCCUCAUCGUCUACAUCCUCUUUAUGUUCAUCUUUGCCGUUAUCGCCGUUCAGCUCUUCAAAGGCAAAUUCUUCUACUGCACCGACGAGUCCAAAGGUCUGGAGAAAGACUGCAGAGGUCAGUUUCUGGAGUACGAUGGUGAGGAAGUGACGGCUCAGCCCAGAGAGUGGAAGAAGUAUGAGUUUCACUAUGAUAAUGUUCUCUGGGCUUUCCUGACGCUGUUCAGUGUCUCCACUGGAGAGGGCUGGCCACUGGUCCUGAAGCAUUCUGUGGACGCCACGUACGAAGACCAGGGCCCCAGCCCGGGUUUCCGCAUGGAGACGUCUAUCUUCUAUGUGGUCUACUUUGUGGUGUUUCCGUUCUUCUUCGUCAACAUUUUUGUAGCUUUGAUCAUCAUCACCUUCCAGGAGCAGGGAGAUAAGGCGAUGUCGGAGUGCAGCUUGGAGAAGAACGAGAGGGCCUGUAUCGACUUCGCCAUCAACGCCAGGCCGCUUACACGAUACAUGCCAGAGAACAAGCAGUCCUUCCAAUACAAGAUGUGGAAGUUUGUGGUGUCGUCACCUUUCGAGUACGCCAUUAUGACUUUAAUCGCCCUCAACACCGUCGUCCUGAUGAUGAAGUUCUACAAAGCUCCAACGGUGUACGAGUCUAUGCUGAAAUACCUCAACAUCAUCUUCACUGGCCUCUUCACACUAGAGUGCAUCCUCAAGAUUAUUGCUUUCAAUCCACUGAACUACCUGAAGGAACCCUGGAAUGUGUUUGACUUUGUGACGGUGAUUGGGAGCAUCACAGACAUUUUGUUCACAGAGAUAAAUACGAACAAGAUGAUAAACCUGAGUUUCCUGAGGCUGUUCAGAGCUGCUCGCCUCAUCAAGCUGCUGCGCCAGGGCUACACCAUCCGCAUCCUGCUUUGGACCUUCGUUCAGUCCUUCAAGGCUCUGCCGUAUGUCUGCCUGCUGAUCGCCAUGUUGUUCUUCAUCUACGCCAUCAUUGGGAUGCAGGUGUUUGGGAACAUCGAGUUGAACGAAGAGACUUCCAUAAAUCACCAUAACAACUUCCAGACCUUCUUCCAGGCCCUGACCCUCCUGUUCAGGAGUGCAACAGGAGAGGCGUGGCAUGAGAUCAUGCUGGCCUGCCUCAGUAACCGGCCGUGUGAUAAACUCUCGGGAAGUUCAGGGAAGGAGUGCGGCAGCGAUUUCGCCUACUUCUACUUCGUGUCCUUCAUCUUCCUCUGCUCCUUCCUGAUGUUGAAUCUGUUCGUUGCCGUCAUCAUGGACAACUUUGAGUAUCUAACUCGGGACGCCUCCAUCCUCGGGCCGCACCACCUGGACGAGUUCAUCCGCGUGUGGGCAGAGUACGACCCCGCCGCCUGUGGGAGGAUUUGCUAUCGGGACAUGUACAAAUUAUUGCGUUUAAUCUCGCCUCCCCUGGGCCUGGGGAAGAAGUGCCCCAACAGGGUGGCUUACAAGCGCCUGGUGAGGAUGAACAUGCCGAUCGCCGACGACAACACGGUCCAUUUCACCUCCACGCUGAUGGCUCUGAUCCGCACCGCGCUGGAGAUUAAGCUGGCGUCCGGUGUGCUGGCGCAGCGUCUGUGCGACGCCGACAUGAAGCGGGAGAUCCACCGCGUUUGGCCCAACCUGCAGCAGAAGACCGUGGACCUGCUGGUCACGCCUCAUAAGUACAAUGAGCUGACUGUGGGGAAAGUUUAUGCUGCCCACAUGAUCUUUGACUACUACAAACAGAACCGAGCCAAGAAGCUCCAGCAGCAGAACCCGUCUGGGAUCUCUCAGAGUAAGCUGGGCGCUCUGUUCCGCCCAGUUCUGCCCUUCACUCAUCUACAUGAGCCGGCGCCGCCAAUCAAACCGGCUCUGCCACCAGAACCGGAACCCAAAACACAAGCCCCGCCCACUUUCACCAGCAGCACCGCCACCAAUGUGGACGCCAACAUGGACGCCAUUCUGAACCAGAGGACUUCCAUUAAACAUUCCCAGUCUGGAGAUUUCUCCCCGGUGGCUGCGAGGCUGAAGCCGCACCGGCGGCUGCAGAGAGGCCAGUCAGAGGACGUCCACUUCUGCAGCAGAGCUCAGGAGCGGCAGGCCGACCCGAAGCCGGAGAACAUGUCUGACGCAGAGGGCCGGCCCGGCCUGGAGGGCCACGCCAGAGCCACAUCGCUGCCACGCCUAAACGCAGAAUACCACCGGAGCCACCCUCGCCACGCCCCCGGGACCCACCUGGCACCGAUCGUUGACCUCAGCCCAAUAAAACGCUCGGCGUCGUCGCUGACGCCCCAGCAGGUCGGGUUGAGGGAGUAUGACCUGGAGCGGGUCGACCAGAGCCGGUUCUAUGCCAAACCGGGACCGGACCCGGACCCGGACCGGACCCACCACCAUCACCACCAUCACCGUUGCCACCGGCGCAGAGACAAGGACAAAGACAGGAGGCAGAAGUCUCUGGAUAAAACAUCCUCAGCGCCGCCGUCCGGCACAGUCGGUUCGUUUGAAGACCCGACAGCCGACGGUUUGUCCAGAGAGCGAGCGAGGGAGCGGGACCGCAGCCGCCCCCAUGAGAGGAGGCACCACUCCUCCGCCGGGGAGAAGCAGCGCUACUACUCCUGCGAGCGCUACGGCAGCAGGGAGCCGGGUCAGGCCCGGUCGGCCGGUCCGAGCCGGUCCACGUCUCCGGGAGAGAGCCAGGACUCUGGCCUCAUCAAACAGCAGGGAAGCACUGUGACGAAGCCACCAUCUGGUACCAGCGCUCAGGCCCGUGGGCGCCGCCAGCUCCCCCAGACGCCGCUUACGCCUCGGCCCGCCGUGGCCUACAAGACCCCCACCUCCUCAGCUGCUACGCCCAGCGCCUCCACGCCCGGGUCUCGCUUCGUCCGCGGAGCAUCGGAGCACGACCGCCUGCUAGCGGCUCACGAGGAGCCCAAAGCCCCGGUUGGUCCGGACUCUAACCCGAGCCGGCAGCAGCUGGACUCGUCCCUGCUGGAGGAGGGCGAGGACUUCCAGGACGCUGUGAGCAGCCAUGGGGGGGGACACUCCUCCAGAAGCGCCACUGCGCCAUCCACCGCCGCCGCGCAGGGGCGGGCAGCGGGAGUACCGAACGGCUACCACUUCACCCUGGGGUCUGCGCCGGGCAGCAGCAGGGGAGCGGCGGGUCUCAGGGAGCGGGAAGAGGAGGACUGGUGCUAGCUGGGCGCUAAGCUUCACGGCUGAAACUGAAAAGCU